AUGUCCAGUAAUUCCUAUAAAUCAUUUAAAAAUCCAGUUUCAUAUCCAACACCUGGAUGGCAAUUAUUAUAUUUCCAAGGAUUUAAUUGCCCAAAGAAUGGAGUUCCUGAAGGAAUUAGUGAUCGUAGUUAUGGACAAUUGCGUGUUGGAUAUAAUCACAUUAUUGCUUUUCAAGUGAAAAGUAAUAAUGGAACACAAAAAUUAAAUAUUGUAGGAAAAGGUGAUAAUACAGUUGGUCAAUUAGCUAUUGAUAGAUAUAUUUCUGGUGGAGUCAGAUAUUUUGCCAAUAUUACAUUUGAAAUUAACUGGGGAGAGAUGGUUAGAUUAGUACAAAUUGAAGAUUUAAUAACAUCAAGAACUAUUGCAAAUAAUCAAGAUGUUGCUAAACUUCAAACUUAUGAUGCUUGGGAUUCUAAUCUUUAUUUUGAUAAUAUUAAGGGACACUAUUUCCCUGAUAAUAUUAUUAUUCAAGAUAUUAAUACUUGUUAUUUAAAUACUUUUAUAAUUUUAAAGAAUCAAGAAAUUUAUGGAACUGGUUCAAAUAUUUACAAAAGUUUAAGUUUAUCAAACGAAAAUAGCAAAAGUAACUCUCCUAUAAGAUUAACAAUUUUGGAAAAUUUUUUAAAAUCACAAAGUGAUUGGAUUGAUCAACUUUAUUGUGGUUAUUCAUCUGUUUUUAUUAAAACAAAAGCUAAUAGAAUUAUUGUAUUUGGUAGAAAUGAUGUAAAUCAAUUAGGUCUUGGAUCUGAAUUUAGAGCAAAUUCAAUUACUCCAACAAUUCAUCCAUUUUUAACAUAUUAUUCACAAAAUAUUGCAAAUCUUGAUACUAUUUCAUUUGGUUUAAAUUUUACUUUAAUUUCAUUCAAAGAUGGUUCAGUUUAUUGUGCUGGUUUAAAUAAUCACCAUCAAUGUGGUCUUGGUAUUAAUGAAUAUACAAUUUCAAAUUUUGUUCAAGUACCAAUACCAGAAAAGAUUACAAAAAUAUCAACAACAGCAUAUGCAUCAUUUUUUGGUAUUGAAACUGGUGAAAUAUUAUCUUCAGGAUGGAAUUUAGGUUUUAUUUUAGGACAAAAUAUUACUGAUGAAAAUUAUGUUUCAUCUACUCCAGUUAAAAUUGAAAAUUUAAUUUCUCCAAAUGAUUAUCAACUUUCAAAAGGUUUUCAAUUAUUUCAUAUAACUUAUCAAAAUGCAACAUCAACUAUGGCAUGGGGAUCAAAUCAAUUUUAUAGUUCUGGUAUACUUUAUCAGGGUACUGGAACAGCUGCUUAUCCAACUAUUUUAGCAUUGGGCAAUGUGGAACGUGCUGUUUUAGAAUCUAUUGCAAAUCCAUCUGAAUGUAUUUUAGUUGGUGGUCAUGCUGCUGCUAAUGGUUGUUCCAAUAGUUUAUUACAAAGAAUUAAUUUAAAAACAGGAUUUAAUACUACAUUUGGUGAAUUUCGUUCAUAUUGCAGUAAUUUUGGUACUUUUAAUUAUUCUACAGAAGUUUGUUCAUGUGAUGAAAAACAUUAUGGAUAUUCAUGUCAUUUAAUCAAACCAGAAUUUUUAGGAAAUUGUAACCAAUCAAGUUUAGAAAAUUUUGCUAUUGCUCCAAAUACAUGUUAUUGUGGUGGAGAAGGUUUUUAUGGAACAUCUUGUGAAAAUAAGGCACCUCCUAGAUCUGUUUACAGUUUUACUAGAUCUUUAAAUAUUCAAAAAUUUACUCUAAAAAAUAAGAUGUUUGAUUUUGGUUAUUUAAUAAGUGGUCAAUCACAUACAUUUUUAAAAUCUCAAUUGAAUAAUAAUAGAGUUUAUGUAUUUGGUAAUGGAUUGAAUACAAAUGAUAAAUAUGGAAUUGGUUUGGCUAGUAAUAAUAUGAUAAGUGAUACUAUUCAAAUUUCAACAUUAUUUGAAAGAUUAUCAAAGAAAUUAACUUCUUCAAUAAGAAAUAUUUAUCCAAUGAAAAUUCAAUCAGUUGCAUUAUUUAGUAAUGGAGAUAUUUAUAAGACUUUAAAUAAUUCAGAUUUUGAAAUUAUUGCAAGUAAUGUUAAAUAUUUAACAUGUUCAGAUAUUACAUGUUUUUUUAUUACUAAUGAUAAGAAUGUUUAUGGUAUUUUUGAUAAUCAAUAUAAUCAACUUGGUUUAACUGAUUUUGCAACAAGACAAAAAGUUUAUGAAUCUCAACCUGUUUUAGUAUCACUUUUAAAUAAUAAUUAUCAUAAGGAGAUUGUUAAUAUUUAUCCUUCAAAUUAUUUUACAUUAUUUGUUAAUCAAUUUGGUAAUUUAUUUGGUAUUGGUAAAAAUACAGAAUAUCAAUUAGGUAUUGGACAUAAUUUAAAUAUUGAUAAGUUUAUUAUUCCAUUAAUAAUUGAAAAACCUGUUUCACAUGUUAUUGUUACAGAAUCUAUUACAUAUUUUAAAGAAUUAAAUUCUGUUUGGAAAACAAUGGGUAAAGAUAUUUUAAAUAUUGCUCCAAUUUCUCAAUAUUUAAUUUAUCCAACAGUAAUAACAUCUUUACAAGAACAAGAAAAUAUUUAUAGAGCUAAAGGUGAUAUUAUUAUUACUCAAACAACAACUAAAUUUAGACAAUUAACACUUAAUCAAGACCUUUCAUAUGGUCAAGAAAAAAUUAUUGAUGUUAAUAUUAUGGGAGAUGAUAUUAUUUUAGUUACAAUUCCAAGUAAUUUUAAUUCUAUACUUUGUUAUAAUGGUUAUUUAGAUAUUACUGGUACUUCAUGCAUUUGUGAUAAAGGUUUUAGAGGAAUUGAUUGUAAUUCUUAUUUAUGUGAUAGAGUAACAUGUAAUUCAUGUAUUGGACCAAAUAUAUGUUCUAAAAAUCAAUCUACAACAACAAAUGAAUUGAGAUUAUUCUCAAAAAAUUAUGGAAUGAUACAAUCAAAGUUUAAUGUUAAACAUCAUACUAUUGGUGAUAAUUUUGCUAUAUUUAUAGAUUAUGAUGGUGAAACUAAAUUUAUUGGUGAUAAUUUUUAUGGUGAAUUAGGAAUGGGUGGUUAUUCUUCAAUUAGUAUUAGUACCUCAAAUUUACAACUUUUAACAAAUAAUAUUUUACUUUUACCAAUUUAUUUAGCUAAUGAAAAUGUUAAAUCAAUUACAUCUGGCAAUAAUUUUAUUAUUGUUUUAACAGAAUCAGGUAAUUUAUUCUCUGUUGGUGAUAAUAGAUUUGGUCAAUUAGGUCAAAAUGAUACUAUUAGUAGAUAUUUUUUAACUAAAAUAGAAAGUACAAUAACUUUUACAAGUGUAACUUGUAAUUCUUUUCAUUGUAUUGCCUUAGGAUCAAACAACAAAUAUUAUGGUUGGGGAGAUAACACAUUUGGUCAAUUAUGUUUAGAUUCAACAACUAAAAAGGUUGUUUACACACCUUCACAAAUUAUAUUUGAUGUUAUUAUAGAUGUUGUAUCUACUUCAAUUAUGUCAAUUGGUCAAAACUCUUCAAUAUUUUAUAGUAAUAGUGGAGAUGUGAUUGCUUGUGGUAAAAUAACAGUACCAUCAAAUUAUGCUGAUAAAUCAGUAAGACAAAGAGUUUUACCAAAUUUCAAUAUUGAUUUACAAGCUAUGGAACAAAUACCAAGAAAAUUCUAUACCGAUUUAUGUUUAAAAAAUUCUAAUGAAGAAUAUUACUGUUUAGGUGAAAACAAAUUUGGUACUCUAGGUUUUGGUCAUGCUUUACCUCUUUAUGGAAUUUUUUUAUCAAAACAUUUUGGUGUUGAUGGAGGAUUAUUUUUCCAUACUCACACUAAUAAGAUUAAUUUCUAUUAUUCUAAAAACAAAAUUUUAAAUUAUUUUGGUAAUGGUGAUUUAUUGAAUGAUAUCAACAAUAUGAAUCCAGCAAGACAAACAAAUGUUUUUCAAUCAAUUGGUAAAUUUAGUUUCAUAACAUCAAAUGAGAAAUUUGGUUAUAUAAUUACAAAUACUAGCAAUUGUUUUAAUAGAGGAUAUUUUUCUAAUGGAAUUUGUACUUGUAAUAAUAUUAAAUAUUUAGGUGAUGAAUGUCAAACAAAUACUAACAUUCCACAAGGUACAACUUCUCAAUUCCAAAUAAUUGAUACUUUAGGUAAUAAUUUUAAUUUUACUAAUAAGUUUGGAAGUAUGUCAAAAAUUGAAACAUUUGGUAAUUUACCAUUUGGUUUUAAUAAUACUAGAAAUAAUUUAAGAGUUGUUAGUACCUUUAAUUUGGCAUUAAAUCAAUCCACUUCUCAACUUGCACUCAUUUUUGCUAUUGAUAAUUAUGCUAAUUUAAACGUUGACAUUCAAUUUCCAAAUAGUGGGAAAAUUAGUAAACUUCAAACAAGAUUGGAGGAAGGAUCUGAUUACAUUUAUCAUACAAUUACUACUGAUAAUAUAGAUACUAAUGCAAUUAUUCAAGUAACAUAUACAACAAAUAAUUCAGUAAUUUUAGAUAGUGAUAUGAAGAACCAAUUUCUUAAAGUUUAUACAAGAAAUGAAAAAAAUAAUAUUAUUCCUAUUGGAUUGAAAUCUAGCUCUGAAUUAUUAUCUGAAGUACUUGCAAGGUUGAAUUUCCUUUUUUCUAUUAAUGGUCCACAUACUGCAGAAAUUUCCUCUAUUGAAGAAUUUCCAUGUGAUCUAGAUGGUAAUAAUAAUGUGAUAGGUCUCAGAUUAGAUGGAAAUUUUUUCAAUUAUACAUUUUAUCCAAUUCUAAAAGAUGAAUCUUUCCGUACUUUAAAGAACUUUUACAGCUCAAAAAUUUCAUCAAUUAGAUAUCCUAUUCAUGAAACAUUUAAUUUUGCAGAAAGUGAUAUUAGUCUCAUUAAUUUAUCUAAUAAUAAUAAUCUUGAACAAUCUGCAGGUUAUUAUGAUUUAUCACCAGUUAAAAGAACAAAUAUUUUAAUUAAUGUUUCAAAAUCAAAGAUUUGUGAUAUUCCAUUUGCUGAUUUAUUUAUUAAUCCUUCUAAAUAUAAUUUUACAAAUACUAAUAUGUAUUGUAUGAAACCAAUUUUUGAUAAUUCUUGGUGUAAACCAUUAAGUUUUAGAGAAAGUACUUUAUACUUGACUCAAUUUUUUGUUUCUACAAAAUUAAGUAUUCCACUUGCACUUUGUGACUCAUGUUCUAUUUUAAAUUGUUUUGAUUUUUUAACUCAAAAUACUUCUAGAUUAUCCUAUUAUUUUGUUUACCCAGAUAAUAAUAAGAUUAUUUCUAAUAAUUUUAAUAUAUUUGAAACAAGAAAGGAUGUAAAUGUUGAUUUAUUAUUCAAUGAAUUUAAUGAAAAUAAUUUCCUUAAUUUUGAUUAUAUUAAUAUGGGUAUUAUUUAUAAAUAUGAUUCUCCUAUUGGAAUACAAGAAUUAAAAGGAACUAUCAAAUUACAAUAUUUGAAAUAUUUACAAAGUUUCAAUUUUACACCUAUUGUACUUGCUAGAAAUAGUGAUAAUAUUGUUACAAUUAAAAGUGAAAAUAUGAAAGAUUUCAUAAAAUAUAAUCAAGUUUAUUGUAAAACAAGAAUUAGUGAAGAAAUAAUUACUUUGGAUGACAAUGAUAAAUCAACUUCCUAUUGUAAUAUUAGAACUGGUAUUGAAUAUAAUCAAAAUAUAACAGUUCAAUUAAUGGCUUACCCUAUAUCAGGAAAUAAUCCUUUUAAAAUUGGAGAAUUUAAUGUUUAUGUUUUAAAUAUAACACUUAUUCCAAAUAUUAUCAAUAAGUAUUCUACAAAAUAUCCACAAUUAAUAUUUAUUAAUUCUGAUUUUACAACAGGAAGCUUUUUAUCAAAUUCUAAAUUAGAAUUUAUGGAAAAUGGUGAAACUGUUUAUAAGAUUGAUCAACUAAAAAUUAGUUAUUUCAAUACUUUAUCCAUUACUGCAGAUAUUUAUAAACAAAAUCUUGACAUGUAUUUAGAUAAUGUAAAUUUAGGAUAUUUUACUUCUCAAAUUGUUUAUAAACAAGUCAAUUUAGAAAAAAUUAUUCCAUCCUUAAGUUUUAAUACUGAAGAGAUGCCUACAAUUUAUUUAGAUAGAGAAAUUUAUUCAAAUAUUCAUUCAAAUAUUCAGUAUAGAUGUUUAGAUACUUUAACAAAUACUUCAUAUUCUGCUCAAUACUUAAAUUCUAGAAUAAUAUGUAAUAUUAAUAAUUUACCUACAAAUAAUGUAAAAUUAUUAGAUUUAAUUGUUCAAAUAAGAAUUUAUUCAUUUAAUGAUAAUGAAUGGUUUACAUAUAGUAGUAAUAGUGUUAAGUUUUAUCAUUUAAUUUCUAAUAUGAAUAUUUCUUUAGCAGAAGGAUCACAAACCUUUUCAAAAUGUCAUUAUUUAUCUUCUAGUACAACAGGUUUCACUCCAAGAAUUAAAUUAAAUGAAAUUGUUUUACCUGAAAGUGAAACUUAUAGAUUUUCAAUAUGCCAUUAUAAUAGGUUAAAUGAAAUUGUUACCUAUAGAUCUAAUUAUUAUAGAGAUAAUUUAUUUGAAGCAUCAGGAUUUACUUUAUAUCUUAAAAGUGGUUAUUCUAAUAUUUAUUUAUGUGCUGACUCAAUGAUUGUAUCAAAACCAGUUGUAGUUUUUGUUAUUAAUCAAACAGAUUAUGAUUCCAAACCAAUUUUUGGUUUUAUUGGUUCUGAUAUUUGGUCUGGUUAUAUUUUCCAUCAUCAACCACUUUAUUCUGAUUCUCUCUUCAAUUUAACCUAUUCUUGUGCCUUAUUUGGUGAUGUUCAAAAUUAUACUGUUUAUUCAACAGAUUUAAUUACAAACAAAAUUGAUAAUUAUUAUGUAACAAGAUGUAUUUUCACUGGUUUAAAUAAUAUUAUCAAACAAGAGGCAGGUUUUUAUUUUUCAUUACUUGCAAAGAGAGGAUCAGAAACUGUUCAAUUACCAGCUACUUUUAUUAAUUUCAUUUAUGGACCAAAACCUACAAAUUAUUCUACUCCAUUUAUUUCUCAUAUUCCAUAUUCUGGUUAUAUUUCAACAACUUUAUUAACACAAGAUCAGGAUAGAGAUUUAUUUGUUUCUAAAAAUCAAAAUGGAUUUUUUAGAUUAACUCUCCCAAUUGAUUGUUUGUUAUUUAAAGUUGGUGGUACUUAUCCUAUUGCAUCUGCACCACUUGAUACAACAUCAUCAACUCUAAAAUGUGAUUUAACUAAAUAUACAGUUACAAGCAGUGAACCAUUCGAAAUAUCAUUAGGUUCACUUGUUACAGAAUAUUCUUAUUUUGUAGAAUUUACAUCAAGAACUGUACAUUUCACAUAUUUGAAUAAGAUAGAAUUUAACUUUGAAGGCUAUCCAAUUUUAGAAACUGGAAAAUCUAUUCUUCUAAAUUAUUAUACUAACAAACUUCCUCAAUACAAACAAACCCAAUUGAAUGUUACUAUGUCUGCAUUAGGACAAUACCCCAUUAUCAAGUCAUGUGAUUUUGAACUUACAGGAUCUUGUAUAGUAGAUUAUAAUUUAACAAUUCCAAUUACUCCAGUUUUACAAACUUACAUACUUCAAUUUUCAUUUAUUAUUAAUGAAUUUUUAUUGAAACAAACAUUGAACAUUGAAAAUACAUUGUUCAAUAACAGAUUUAAUGUAAUGUACUAUUCACCAUUCCUCUUUGAUUUUAAAACUGAUUCAAGCAUUUACAAUUUCAAGUUACAAAUUGAUAAUGGAUUAAAUCCUGAUUUCAAUUUUGAUCUUGAUACUGAUGGUAUUAGAAGAAGCAUUUUUUAUGGUUUGAAUAAUGAUAGUAUAACAGAAGUUACUUGCUCUAGAAUUAGUAAUUAUAGUACUAGUAUAGCAUCUAAUUUAGAAACAAGAAUUGUAUCAACAUUUAAAGGAAUUACAUUUUCUGUUGAUAAGAAACCAUCAACUAUUUACCUUAGAGAACUUUACACUACACCAAAUAUUGUCUCUCAAUCAAUUCAAAAAACUAUUAAUAUUACUCUUACUACAGAUAUUGCUAUUCAAAAACCUCUAAAGAAGUAUUAUAUUUCUUUAUUAGAUAAUAAGUAUGAAUGUAGUAUUGAAUCAACAUCUUUGAUUUGUCCUGUUUUAAUUACAUAUAUUGGUAAUCCUUUCUACAAGGAAGUUCUUAAAAUUUUAGAUGGUGAUAAUGUUGUAACAAGGAUUGGUUUACCAUUUAUCCUAUUCAAACCAAUUUCUAUUCGUGAAGUUAAACCAACACUUCUACUUCAAGAUAAUAACUCUGUUAAUACUACAGUUUUAAUGGAGCAAACAGUUUUUGAAGAUUUAGGAACAGAAUUUAUAUUUUCUUGUUCCAUCGAAGAUGGUAACUUCUCAGCUAUUGUUGGUGAUUCUAACUCUGUUAGAUGUAAUUUCAAUAACUUGAAUACUGGAAGAAAGAGUGUAAAAAUUUAUCUUUCCUCUAAUAAUCAAUACAGAUCCAUCAAGGAAUUAUUAUUAACUGAUAUUAAUCCAGCAAAAGAUUUUGAAGUUAUUAAGAAUCCAACCAUAGCUCUUGAUAAUUCUAUUGAGCAAAAAACUUUAUUCUAUACUUCUGAAACCUUUUCAUUAACAACUCUUAAUAUUCUAGUUACAAAUACUGAAUUCACUUUGAAUAAUAUCUUGUAUAACAUUUCUACUGAAAUUGGUUUUUAUGGAAAAAACAGCUUUGUUGAAAGUACUACUUAUUUGGGAAAAUUUGAUACAUCAUACAAAUUCCAAGUAUCAUUUUAUGCUUCAAAUAACUAUGAAGGAUUUGUUCCUCUGAGAUUAACAAAAGUUUUAUCAGGAACUACUAAAGAAUCUAGAGCUCUUACUUCUGAUGAUUACAUUUUAACAAAGAUAUCUGAUUUGGUUCUAACUUGUGUAACAAAGGUAACUUUAUCAAAGAGUGUUCCAGCAUUUGGUGUUGAAUCUAAUUUACCAAGAUUAGUUCAAUUAUAUUCAAACUUUAACUUUUUAAAAUUUAUUCCUGAUUCUAAUCUUUUACAAGAUGGAAAGGUUAAUUUUAAGUGUGUUUAUGAAUAUUUACCAAAAUCUAAUAAGGCAAUUAGUAGCACUACUAGAAUUUAUAAUAACGAAGCAUUCGAAUGUAAUAUGACAACACCAGAUGUUGGUCAAGUUCAAAUUGAUCUUUAUGUUGAAAAAGAUGGACAUUCAUUAUCUCUUAAUAUUAAUUCAUGGAAUUAUAUUAUUUAUGAUGGUUUAUUCUUACAACCUUCUUAUGGUUUGAGAACUAUUGAAAAUUCAAGACUGGUAAAUCCGUUCAAGAUUCAAAAAUACUCUGAUUUGUCUGGUAUUAACUUGAAUCAAUUUACAAAGUUUAAUGGUAAAAUUACUGAACCUGAUGUUUCCUUUACUUGUGAAAAGGAAUUAAGUUCAGAUGGUAUCUAUCCAUUAUUGAACUGUACUAUUCCUGUUUUACCAUCUACAAAUAUUAUGUCUUUCAAACAGUAUGAAUUAAGACUUUACACAAAUCCAAGUAUGCAACUAAUUUCAAAUUUCUCACUAGGUUGGCUUCCAACAAGUUCUCUCUAUAUUAGUAAUAUUAAUCCAAAAAUUAUUCAAAAAUCUACUAGUAAGACUGAUAUGAAAACAAUUUAUGUAGAUAUCUCGGGAGAUAGUAAUGUUAUUUCAAGAACCUUACCUGAAGGUAACUUUGCUAUUUAUACAAGAAGUGCAGGUGUUGCCCUUUUACAAUCUGCUAGACCACCUUAUGUUGCUCAACCUGCAUCUAUUGCUAUUCAAACUUCUAAUUUUGAAGAAACUGUAACAUUACAAUAUGUGAACUAUAACUUACUUACACCUGUUAUUGAUAUUCCAAAACCAGACCUUGUCGAUUUUAUGAAACUCACUGUGAAUGAUGUUGAAUUGAAUAGUAUUCAAUAUUCAUCCGACAGUAUUAAAGGUUCUAAGGCAAGUGGUGCAACUAUCUUUUUCACUGUAAGCAAGAAUACUGCCACACUAUUCAUGUUAAAUAAUGGUGGUUAUAAUGGUUCUAUCAAAUGUGUUCAAGAUCCAAUCACUAGUAAUAGUGCAACAUUUGUGUCUGAAUCAACUGAUACACUCAAGUUCAAAUGCGUUUUAGCAAAGACAAGCUCAAUUACAAAUUCCUUUAUUCUUUCUAAAGUUGAAAUUUACUAUAAUAAUCCAAUGGCAGAGAAUGGAAAUAUGAAGGUUUCAUCUAGUGCUUUAGAUUUUAUUUGGUUACCUUCUACUUUACCAAUAGAACAACCUGUACCAUUUGCAUUUAUCUCCAGAGUUGGUUCUUUUGAUAUUUCACUUUCAGAUAAGAAGGUAUUUAUUUCCUCUGAUAAUUUUGUUUGUUAUUUGGCUGAUUCUACAAGUACCAAUGUAGUGAAAAUCAAAGCCAUUUAUAAUCCAUCAGGAACUCUCACAUGUCCAUUCAGUUUUAGCUAUUCUAUAUCAACAGUAUUUAAAAUUUCUAUUUACUUUAGUAAUGGUCCAAGUGAUGUUCUUUUAACAACAACAAGAGAUGUAACCUUUAUCAAUGCACCUUUGGAAAUUUCAUACAUUGACCCAUUCAUUACUUAUCACUUACCAGCACUUACUGGUAGUACAACAGAUAUCAAUUACAAGGUCAGCAAAUUGAGUUUUAUUCCUCAAGGUUUAUCUUGUACUUUUAGAGAAGUUACAUCAACAAUACCAAGUAUUGGUCAAGUUAGAAAAAUAACACAAGCUCAAAUUCAAGACGGUUUAUUUGUUUGUCCUUUCUUGAUUGAUCAAACAUUCUCAUCUUAUAAUUUACUUACCAAAUUAGUGAUAGAUUUAGGAAGUAAUCUUUUAGACAUUUCUAGCAAUGAGCUUGAAUUGAUUCUUUACAAAAAGAAGCUGACAUGGAAUAUCAACUCAUAUUUGACAGCAUCAAAUUUGAAUACUAGAUAUGAACUACGUAAUUAUGAAAUUCCACAUUCUUCAAGUUAUAGUCUUCAACAAUCUGUUGUUGCUACUCCUUAUUUAAGAUCUCAAAAAAUACAAAACUUGAAAACAACAACAUUAGAUUGUAUUGGAGCUGAUCCAGCUAGUUGUACAUUUGUUGGUAUUGAACCAAUGGUUAACAAAAUACCUUCAUACAUGACCACUGCUAUUGAAUUUAUCAAUGUUGAAAAUCAAAGAAAAUCUUACAUUAUUGCUAAUGACUUGACAUUGUUCCUUAAAAAGUCUUCAUUCAAUGUUUCUCAUAUUUCUCCAUAUAUUGCAGACUACAGACAAAGUCAUGCAUCUAAUCAAAAUUUCCUCUUUACCAGUGCUAGUUUAAAUGCUGAGGACUUUGAUAUUACAUGUCAAUUCGAUAACAAAAAGACAAAUAUGACAAGAAAUCAAUUUUGUGUUGUUAAACCACCAACUUUACCAAAUGGAUACCCAAAAACUGGUAUUCAAAAUGUCACUUUAACUUGGAAUGGUAUUGAUUUAUAUUCUAGAAGUUAUCCAAUAGAUUUCAUAGAAGCCUAUCAAGUUAAUAAUUUGAUAACUUUUUAUUCAUAUAGAUCUAAUAUUACAUUGAUUGAUAAUCCUUAUGUUCCUCUACCUUUCAGUGGAGAUUUUUCUGGCUAUACUUUUUCAAUUGGACUUUUUGAAAAGAAUAGAUUAAUAGGUGAAGCAACUUGUAAACAACUAUUUGCUAAUAAUGCCCAAUUAGAAUGUGUAAAGGGACCUUUUAGUUAUUCAACAUCUUAUCCAGUUACUUCUAUUGUGAAAUUAUUGAUUAACGCUCAAUCUGCUUUCCAGAUGAAAGGAGAAAUUGUGUUAUAUUCUGCUCCUACUAUUCAAAGUCUCAGUACUAAUUAUUUCAGAAUUAACCAAAUUUAUACUAUGGAAGUCUAUGGAUCUGUAUUCUAUCAAAAGGAUACGCCAACCCUUGAAAUAUAUUCCAAUACUACUUUCAAUUCAUAUCCUACCAUGGUUGUUGAUUCCAAUACUAUUCGCAUUCAAAACAUUGGCUUCAAUGACCUACAAGAAACUCUAAGAAAAUCCAGAUUGAAAUUUAGUUCAGGUGCCUAUUUAGAUCUACCAGAUAUUUCUAUUUAUAAAGGAGUGAAAGAAGAUUUCUCGUUGCAAUCCAUCAAUUCAGAAGCAUAUGAUAAUGGUGUUAUUACAGCAACCACAACUAGAUCCAUUAGCAUUGAUCUUAAGCUCAUCUCAAAUACUUUCCAAAACAAACCUCAAUCAUGCUUGGUAAAGUAUGAAGAUGGUGUUUUGUCCAUCGUUCAAACAUGCUCUGUUACCUAUGAAAGUGGUAGCGUUACCCCCGUAGUACACAUAACAACUCCAUUAAUGUGGUAUUAUGACAUUGUUUUCCCAAGAAUAAUCUCUUACUCAUUCUCAUUGGAUGGAGGUGCUUUUUACUAUACCCAUGCAAAUUUCAAAAUUAAGAUGGUGGACGAUAGUGAGAAUUUCAUUAUUCGAACUAUUUAUGAUCAAAAUAUUGUUACAUUUUCCAAUGUUCCUUAUUCUAUUUUAUCUGGUGUCUCACUUUCCUUCAUCAAAAUUGGAACAAAUGGUACAAAUUUGCAAGAACUUGUUUUUACAAAAUCUUGUAAAGCAAGCUAUUGUAAUCUUGAUUAUGGGCAUAUAAUAUUUGAAAAUUUAAGACCAUUUGAAUACUUUGAAUUUGAUCGUAUUAGAAUCAACAAGGGAGCUUCUAGUAAGAUCUUUGCAAUUUCAAAGAACCUUCUUAUUUUCAAUCCUAAUAAUACUUUAUCCUCAAUUCCUUCCGUUUCAAUUUCACAUUCCAAAGUUCAAUUAGGAGCUAAAACAAGUGUAACAAUAAUUCUUCCAGCUAGUUUUAGUAGUGAUCUUUCCAAGAUUAGCACUGUUACUGUGAUUUUCAAAGCUGAUGGUUCUACCAGUACCCCUUCAACCAUAUCCAAAGGUUGGACCUCAAAAUAUUCCUUCAUUAUUGAAAUGGAUUCUCUACCACCGUGGGAUUUGCAAAUAGCUGCUAUUGCUUUCCAAAAUAUUAAUAUUAACGUUAUUGCCUCUCCAACAAUUACUUUAAUCCCUUCAUUUGACUUUUCUAUUAUUAAUCAGUACCAAAAAGCCAAAGCAUCUACAAGAUCACAAACUAAUCUCAGAGUUACAUUUAAUAGUGCAAUUACUACUCAACAAGGAAUAAUUCCUUCAAUGAAAAUUUCUAAUUCAAACACUAAUUUAUUCAAGUCCUACACUACAAAUAUUCAAAUUGAUGGAAAUACCAGAACAACAAAUGCUGUACAAUUUACUGAAUUGACAGUGACAGCUCCAGCAGCUUCAUCAAUUCUUACUGUUGAUAAAUCCCUGGUUAGAUUCCCUACAAAAUUUAGUAUUGGCUUUGCAUUCCUGGAAAACCAAUAUGUUAUGAAGGAAAUCCUUACCUAUGAUGAUUCUAUUGCUGAUCCUCCAAUUAUAGUUAGUGUAAAUCCACAGGAAGUUCCUCUAAUUGAUCAACCAGUUACUUUGGAUAUCAAAGCUUCUUCAAUAGACUCACAGUCAACUCAAUGUAUCUUUAGGGCUAGCAAGGCAUCCAGUGUUAAUAACACAAUAAUUGUAAAUGCCAAUUUCAUUGAUCAGUAUUCCAUUGGUUGUACAUUUGUUCCUUCUCAAAUUGUUACCGAAUUGGGUAUUUCUAGUACUUUAGAAAUGGACAUGACAUUGAGAUCUAAUUUGGAUGAAAGCAAAGAAGUUAUCAAUAUUCCAAUCUACAGACAACUUAAUAUUGAUUCUUUCACACCUAAACAAGGUAUUACAACAGGUGAAUUUGAAACCACAUUCAUUGGAAGCUUCCCUAUUCAUCCUAGAGAAGAGUACUUUUUAACUCAGGGAAGAAUGAAAUUCAGAGCCAAGUUCGGUAUCAGAGAAUCAACUGACUGCUCAAGAAUAAGCUCAACAACUGUAAAAUGCAAAGGUGUUAGUAACCCUAUCUCUGAAGUAGAUAUUUCCCUAUCCAGAAAUUCUGUUGAUUUUGUGAAAGCAUCUGAAAAGUUUGUUUAUUAUGGAUGUGGACCUGGAUAUGAACAAUCUAGUUUCAAUGAACUUUGUAAACCAUGUAAGAUUGGUUAUUCAAAGAACUUUACUGGUGGUCCUUGUGUUGCAUGUGAUAGAGGUUACUAUGCAAGUCAACCAGGUUCUUUAGAAUGCACUAAAUGUCCUUCCUUGCAAACUACAUUAGAUACUGGCUCUACAAGCAUUGACUAUUGUGGAUGUCCUUCACAAACAUAUUAUUAUAAUAUUUACAAGAAUUCCUGUGUAACAUGUCCAAAAGGUGCUGAUUGUCCAUCAUUUAAUACUACUUACCCUAUUGCCAAGACUGGUUACUGGCAUUCAAAUGCAACUGGUUAUAGUCCUUACAAUUUCUAUGAGUGCAUUCCUUCAACUUCUUGUAAUGCAGGUUUGUUUGGAAACUGCACCGAUGGUUAUACUGGUUUCGUUUGUGGUUUGUGUGAAGAUGGUUUUUAUAGAAGUUCCAGAUCAUGUAGUAGAUGUUCAAAUCUUGCUCCUCUCUAUUUGACACUUUUGAUAGGUGGUGUAGCUGUUAUUGCAUUGAUAUUCUUCUUCUUUUCAUCAAUCAAGGUGCAUCACAUUUCAUCAUUGAGUAUUGCACUCUUCUUCUUCCAAGUGAAUAGUAUGUGGACAAAGUUUGAUUUGAACCUUCCAGAAGAAAUCUCUGGACUUUUCACUGCAAGUUCUGCAAGUACUUUCAACUUUGAUUUUAUUCAGUUCCAAUGUGUUUUUCCAAUUGGUUUUGUACCUCAAUGGAUUUUGAAAAUGUUAAUUCCUGUAAUGCUUUUAAUCUUAUUCGUAGUGUUGUAUUUAAUGGGCGAAUUGAGAAAUAUUAUUGCCAAGUUUGCUGGACCUAAAAUUCCAUGGAAGAAGUGGGAUAUUACCGAUUUGUACAAUGAGUUUAUCAAGAGACAAGAAAUUGAAUCAGAUCCAAAGCUCACUAAGAUGCAAAAGUUAAAACAUUCUCUCACUGGUAUAAUGUUCUCAGCUAGAACUGCAAUCUACAAAUCCCAACACAAAAUUAUUUGGACUCUCACCACCUAUUUACCAAGAAGUGAGAUGAAGAAGUUUUUGAAUAAUUGUAUUCACUCAUUCAUUACUUUCCUUUCAUUGGCCUACAUGUAUAUUAUUCAAACAAGUGCUGAUAUUUUCUUGUGUAAGGAUCAAGCGGAUGGUUCAAAGAACUUGGAACAAGCUCCACACAUUACUUGUUUUGAAGGUACAUGGUGGGUAAUGUUCCCAUUCUCAGUAAUUUACUUUAUCUUGUUUGGAUUGGGAGCAGCUGCAUUCUUCCUCUACUCUGCUAUCAGAUAUAGAAAAGUCAAACUUACAGAAGAACAUGCUUUCAUUCAGAGAUUCAAAUUCCUAUUUGUCAAAUUCAAGCCAAGAUAUUUCUAUUAUGAAAGUGUUAUUACCAUUAGAAAGUUGGUCUUUUCAGUUCUCUACGUCUUUUUAGCUCCACUUCAAGUAAUUGCUUUAGGAUUUGUUUUGAUUUUCCUUUCAUUUGUCAUUCACUUACAAUUAGUUCCAUAUUCAAAGAAGAUGCACAACCUCAUUGAAUAUGUAACCCUAGUUGCCACCCUCCUGACAUUAUUUACUGGUUUAAUUUUCUUCUACGAUGUUGAAUCCUUGGUCGGUUUAUUGUGGAUUAGAACUCUUGCGCUUGUAUUGACAAUAAUCAUUUUCGUUCUCACUGCAGCUGUUCUCGUAUUGGCUGUCUUGUGGGAUAUCAGAACUAGAAAGAGAAAAGAAGCCAAAAAGAUUAAGGAAAAAUUGGAAGAAAUUAAAAAUUCCAUCAGUAAUGGAACUACAGACAAGUCUGAUGAUAAGGUGAAGGAAACAAUUGUCUUUGGUUUGGACAUUGAUGAAUUUGAUGAUGAUCCAGCUGGAGAUAGCUCUCUCAAUAGCAAACAUGAAACCAUUAAUGAUGUCUUCUCCAAUCUAUUCUCCCUCGAAAGAAGAAAGAAGAAAACAGACAAGAUUAAACAAAAGGGAGCCAAGAUCAAGUCAAAGAUUACCAACAAGACCAAAUCAACAUCAGAAAAGACAAAUGGUGAUGAUAGUUUCGAUUAUUCUGAUCAAACUCUAUCCACCAACACUACCUCUGGUGACACUAAACAAACUUCCUCACAACUUUUCCAAUAA